CACGCGCCAACAGUUUCGUCUCUUCUGAUUGGCUGAUGGAGCCUAUAGCGGAUUGCACCUGCUUUAUUUUACCAGGCGCGUCUAAGUAGAAACGCACGCGCGCAUACACUUACAGCACGUAGACAAGUUCAUCUCAAAUAAAGAUGCUCUCCUCCCGUGUGCUGCUUCGUGGUUUGCGGGCUGAGACCGGGUUCUGGAGGAGCCUGUCCACCUCGACCAGAGCUCUGGCUUCACACGGCCACAGUGUUGAUGUGAUUGACUGCAGUGUUCCUCAGUACAAUAAUCGUCUGGAUACACCACUGCCUGAUAUUCCAUUCGUCAGAAAUCUCACUCCUGAGCAGAAGAAGCUGAAGGAGAAAGAAAAAGAGUCAUGGACGAAUCUCACCAAGGAGGAGAAACUAGCACUCUAUAGACUCACACAUGAGCUGAGCUAUGCAGAGAUGAGGCAGGGCUCUAGUGAGUGGAAGACAGUGCUGGGAGGGGUCUUCGUUUUCCUCGGCUUUACAGGCCUGGUGGUGUUGUGGCAGCGUAUGUAUGUGUAUGGUGAUGUGCCACACACUCUUUCUCCAGAAUGGGUGGAGAAACAAACCCAACGUAUGAUCGACAUGAGGGUUAACCCUGUGCAUGGUUUCUCUGUCAACUGGGAUUAUGAGAAGAAACAGUGGAAGUAGAAUCCCACUGUCAUUAACCUGAGGUUGAAAUCUUAACAGCUUCAAAAUAUAGUCACACAAUACAUAUAUAUCUAUCAAAAAUAAACACUGAAUGGAA